UGCGCUAGCUUGCUGCUACAGACAGGCGUAGGCCCCCAGGACGCAACGUUUUGUUAUUGGGUGGGCGUUUUGUGUAGCGUUUCUACUGUAACGGACCACAAGCGUUUGCAAUUAUGGCAAGAACAAUCAGUGACCGUCUGGAUAUUUCUGUCGUGCUGACUAAUGCUCUUCUUAAAUUGAUGCAAAUUUUGGGUUAGUGAGUGGCUAAAGUUGGUAGAUCUGUGCCGUCUGUUGUCUAUUUAGAUGGCAAAUGUAAAAAAAAGCUAGCUUGAUACUUCCCUGGUCUAUAUUAGAAGCAACAUUAGAAAUACUGUUUUGUUUACAGCUGGCUUUGUUAAUUUAUCUUGUCUGGAAGCUGAGAGUGGGAGGUAUUGAUUAACAAACGGAUUAUUAAAAAAAAAGAUCUGACCGUCACCACCCGUGGAAUGACCCAGUGAGCAAAAGCCAGAAUCCAGACGUCUAAAGGGAUGGAAAUCUAGGUUGAGAGACGUUUUGACGUAAACGGGUUAGGUCAACCCAAAUAUAGCUAGGUUUUACCAGUAUAUAGUCUGGCUUCGUCAUAGUCUGCUAGAAACUUUUCAACCAAAUGUAGACGGCAUUUCACCGACUUUCGGUCACUUUUCACCUCUAAAAUAUUCACUGGGGAGUUUUAAUCAUUGAAGUAGCUAGCUAGGUAGCCAACAUCAAAGCUGUGACAGUAAGGACUGUCUGAAUUAGGCAGUGGUGAAGGAAUACUGUGCAUGAUUAUUUCAGCCUUGAUGUGGUCCUGUGUUUACAAUAAUAUAAGUCUCCUCCUCCAUCUUCAACCCUGCCCACUUCCCCGAGUACCCCUUUGGUCAUCUAGCUACCUAAAAUAGCUAGCUGGAUAGCUAGAGGUAGUCUUAAUUGCUUGUCCAACAGAAAACACGCCAACUCCGAGUCCCUUUUCGUCCUCCAUUGUGAACUUAAGCUGUCCUCAUCCAGAAAAUGAAAUUCCAAGGUUGACUUUGAUUUUUUAACAAGCCCUGUCGGCUUGUCAUUUCGCUUUGCUGUACUUGUGCUUCCUCCUCCACUGCUGUAGCUAGCUACGAACGCCAUGCUGAAACCUGAUCCCACCCCGCAGGCUCUGUAGCCACACCCACCCCUGCCCAGACAGAAAAGAGCGUCCGGCCUCCAAGGCCUUUUUGAAGGAGCAAGGAUUCCGCAAGUGUCCAAAAAGACAGUACAUCAUAGAUUUGACUGAACAUGGUUAUUUUGUAUUAUUUUCAAGUGACCCUGAUGGCUCAGUGCAGCAUGCAAGUGCUUCUGCUGUUGGUCCUGAAGAUCCUACAGACAUCAGCUGAAGGUGGCGCCAUCGAUUGCCUCUGCGAUGGCAGCGCGUGCAUCCUGAAGCUCUGCCAGGGCAGGCAGUGCUUCUCCUCGGUGACGCUGAGUGGCGACACGCCGCACUUCAAACGCGGCUGCCUCAACGAGUCCGAGAAGAUCCUCCUGACCUGCUCCACGCUGCCCAGCGCCAGCUACGCCGUCCAGUGCUGCUCCCACCACCUGUGCAACUCCAACGACAGCAGCGACACACUGACGCCCCUACUGCUCAAGGUGCCCCCAGCAGAACCGACCCGAUACAGAGUGGAGACCCUGGUAGUCUUCGUGGUCACGCCGUUCGUAGUGCUCACCCUCCUGGCCAUCCUCGGCGUCCUGGCGUGCCGUCGGCUCCGCCACGGCCGCCUGGAGAGGCUGCACGAGCUGGACGCCGAGCAGGGCGCCAUCGACGGCCUGAUGGCGUCCAACGUGGGCGACAGCACGCUGGCGGAUCUGUUGAGUCACUCCUGCACCUCGGGCAGUGGCUCUGGUCUGCCUUUCCUGGUCCAGAGGACGGUGGCUCGACAGAUUAGCCUGGUGGAGUGUGUCGGAAAGGGGCGCUACGGCGAGGUGUGGAGAGGACAAUGGCAGGGGGAGAACGUGGCGGUGAAAAUCUUCUCUUCGAGGGACGAGAAGUCCUGGUUCCGGGAGACUGAGAUCUACAACACCGUUCUCCUCCGGCACGAAAACAUACUAGGGUUCAUGGCAUCAGACAUGACAUCACGGAACUCCAGCACCCAGCUGUGGCUCAUCACCCAUUACCACGAGAAUGGCUCCCUCUACGACUACCUGCAGCGCGUCGCCGUGGAGACGGUGGACGGGCUGCACAUGGCCGCCUCGGUGGCGAACGGACUGGUGCACCUGCACACGGAGAUCUUCGGCACCGAGGGCAAGCCCGCCAUCGCCCACCGCGACCUCAAGAGCAAGAACAUCCUGGUGAAGAAAGACCUGCGCUGCUGCAUCGCCGACCUGGGUCUGGCCGUCACACACUCUCAGUCGGACAAUCGGCUGGAGGUGGGCAACAACCCCAAGGUGGGCACCAAGAGGUACAUGGCUCCCGAGGUGCUGGACGAGUCCAUCCAGACGGACUGCUUCGACGCCUACAAGCGCGUGGACAUGUGGGCCUUCGGGCUGGUGCUGUGGGAGAUCGCCCGCCGGACGUACAGCAACGGUAUCGUUGAAGAGUACAAGCCUCCGUUUUACGACCUCGUGCCGAACGACCCCAGCUUCGAUGACAUGCGCAAAGUGGUCUGCGUGGAGCAGCAGAGACCCUUCAUCCCAAACCGGUGGUUUUCUGACCCAACCUUGUCGGCUCUGGUGAAGCUGAUGAAGGAGUGCUGGUAUCAGAACCCCUCGGCCAGACUCACCGCCCUGCGCAUCAAAAAGACUCUGGACAAAAUCCACAGCUCCCUGGAGAAGGGCAAGGCAGACUGCUGAGGGGGCAUGGGGUGUAGAACGAUGGGGUGGGGGGGAUGUAAGGGGCUCUGCUUCUCUGAAGCAGGACGAAGCCUCCAUGCUGGUGGUGGGUUUGGGGUGGCGUAGGAAGGUCCUAUUUCUCCCACAAACUGGCAUGCAUUACAAACACUAAAGCGCUUUCCAAGAAGAAAAAAAGGAUUUUUUUUUUCUUCUCGUCGUAGUCUUUUCAUUUUUUUCAUGGUUGGUUUUGCCGUUGGGGUUUUUUUGUUUUGUUUUGUUUUUUCGCUUGUUUUUUUGACAUUCACAUAACCUCUGGCUUGUUCCUUAACAAUGUGGUGCAUGUGUGUUUGUUCAGCAAAGCGAGUUUUUUUUUUCCCCCAGUGAGGGAGGGCAGCUAUCGGUAUUUGUGUAGAAGCACCCUGCAGUGAACUGGGAUCCUACGACUUACUCGAGGGAGACCCCAGAGGAAAUGGGCCUCUCGUCGGCCAAUCAGCUUUGCCCAGCCCCCCCACCCCCCUAUCCCCUCAAACCCCUCCCCUCAAAAUGUCUCCCCGCAUUCAGUAUCCCCCCGGGCUACGUGUGUGAACGCUCGGGAUUUCUGGGCAGAAGGGGGAGGGGGUGGAAGCGUUGAGCAUAAUGGUAGGGUGCCUUAGAUUUUCCUUUUCCUUUUCCCUUCCUCCCUUGUCCGUUUAUCGAGGCGCUUCCAUCGUCCAAUCGAUUGCCGCCGCGAACGAAACUGCCGAAAGAGCAUCGUUUUGGACCGGAGUCGCAACCACUGAAUACUGCUCUGUGAAACGUUACAAUGCUGUCUGCAAAACAAAUUGGAAAAAAGUGCCAUAGGCCAUCAUGUCACCUCUCUUUAUGAAUGAAUAUUAAGCGGGUUAUUCUCAUUGCCCAGAAUCAUGUGUCUCACAGUUGUGAAUUCAGUUAAGAGCAUGAGGCUAUCUUGUCUCAGCUGUGGCAAAUGUUGUGGCAAAUGUUGAACAGCCUCAUCAAUGCUAAUGGUUACCGCUUUAUAGAGAUGGCUGCAUGCUUUUCACACCUGCCUUGUCUGCCCUGACCAUGCAGGCAAAAGGAUGUUAUUGUAGACAAAAUGGUUGCCCUUGUUGUCUGUAUGAGGGCUAUGUGGCUGUCACCAAACGUUUUUACUAUGCCAAUGCAAAGGCAGCUGCCCAUAAGAUGUAUGUGGUUGAUGAUUGGUUGAUUACAAAGGUUGCGAAGGUCUUUAGGAGAGCAGGUUCUUCCUCUGCUAAAUCAGAAAAUGGGCAGCUUACAUUUAUUUUGUUUCACAGAAAUACAACUUUUUGUUAUUAGCUUCGCCCAAGCUAGCUAAAUGCAUCAUUCUUUUAAUAAGCUGCUAGUUAACGUAAGUUUAAAUUACACUGCAGUGAAGACUACUGCUACCUAGGUGGUUUGACAAGUGUUACAUUCGCUAAAUAGUUCAGCAAAAGCUUUUGUAGCUAGCUGGACGCCUAAUGCUGCUUGUCUGCAGGGUCUGUAAUGUUAAACUCCUUGUGCAAUUAAAAUUAUUUUAUUGUA